AUGUUUGCAUUAAUAACAUUUAUCAUUAUUUUUGCUACUCUCGCUUAUUACACACAUGUUAGAAAUAAAAUACCAAAAGGACUUGAAGGUAUUCCACUUAUUUCUACGUGGCCUAUAUUAUGGGCAUUUAUUCGACAAAAAUAUCAUGACGAAAUCGAAGAUACGAUUGCAAAAUCUUCAAAAGGUUAUGAUAUUUAUUUGAGCAACAUUUUUGGUCGAACAUCCGUAAAUAUCAAUAAUCCUUUGUACCUUAAGGAUUUCUUAAUAAAACUCGAGGAUGAUGAUCCUCCAAAACUAAAAUUGAAUUUCAGAGGAGCUUUGAUCGAGUUUUUCGGUGAUGGUUUAAUCUUUGCGAAUGGUGACAAAUGGCGAACUUUUAGAAGAUUAGCCACUCCUGCUUUCAAUAACGCCUUAUCCCCAGAUAUCGUUGGUGAAACUAUGUUUGAACUUUUUAAUUUCAUGCAACAUAACUUAAGUAGACCGAUUGAUGUAUUCGAAAUUAUGCAACGUACUACAAUCGAGUGCUUGAAUUCUGCCGAAACUCCUCAUAUCAUAAAUGUUUAUAAAUAUAUAAUUUCAAUCGUAGAAUCUUCUUAUCAAAUGAUAUUUCCAUGGUUGAUUAAAUUACCGACAGCUCAAAAUAGAAAAUUCUAUGAAGCUAAUAAAGAAUUUAAUGGGUUCAUUUCGGAUGUUAUUAAGGCAAGGAGAGAUGAAGUUGAAAAUCAGAAGGGUUCUAAUAAUGGCCGAAUUGACCUGCUAUCAAGUAUGCUGGAGCUUAGCAACCAGAAGGGAAUUCAUACUGAUUCAAAGCAAUUAAGAGAUGAGAUGGUGGGCUUUUUCGUUGCAGGCCAUGACACAACUACAAUGGCGCUAAGCAGUUCGCUAUAUUUUCUUGCAAAAUAUCCGGAAAUGCAAGAAAGAGCACGAGGUGAAGUAAUCAGUGUACUUGGAAAUGAACCAAUUAUUCCUACAACGGAACAAUUAAAGGAAAUGAAAAAUAUCAAUGCAGUUAUUAAAGAAUCCUUACGAAUUCAUCCGCCAGCCACAAAAAUAAUCCCUCGAAAACUAACAAAGCCAAUGAAAAUUGGUCCUUAUCUUAUACCAGCGAACAUAAUAUGUACAACAAAUAUUUGGCAAAUUAAUCAUGAUCCAAAAUAUUGGGAAAAUCCUGAACAAUACAAUCCUGAAAGAUUUUUAAAUAAUGAAAAGAUUCACCCAUUUUCUUGGAUUCCAUUUUCGACUGGUGUAAGAAAUUGUAUUGGUCAAAACUUUUCUUUGAUGGAGCAAAGAGUUAUCCUUUCAAUGCUUU